GAAUCACAAUUCACAAUAACCGAAAUUGGCAGGAGGCACCGGCAGCAGCUUUCCGCCGAAGAGGAGAACGGUGACCGAAGGAAUUAGAACUUUAUAUACCAAACCGGAAACCCAACCCAGUUCCUCUCGAAUCUCUCCAUCUCCCUCCACCAUUCUCAAAAUUUAUCGUCGAUUUAUUCUCUAGGUAGAGUUGGGGGGUGAUACGGGGAGGUGGAGAGCUGACAGAUGGCUUCCAGCGAGGAGAUGCCAGUUGGUUCAGUGCAGAACAUUUUGGAUCAAGAUAGUCUCAAGUGGGUAUUCGUGGGAGGCAAAGGCGGCGUGGGAAAGACAACUUGCAGCUCAAUUAUCUCGAUCCUUCUCUCUAGGGUUCGAUCUUCCGUACUCAUUAUCUCUACAGAUCCUGCCCACAAUCUAAGUGAUGCUUUUCAGCAGAGGUUCACCAAAACUCCUACUCUCGUUAAUGGCUUCACCAAUUUGUACGCCAUGGAGGUGGAUCCAACUGUGGAGACUGAGGAGACAAACGGUCAAGAUGGAAUGGAUGGCUUUAUAUCUGAUUUAGCUAAUGCCAUCCCUGGAAUUGACGAAGCCAUGAGCUUUGCUGAGAUGCUCAAAUUGGUGCAAACAAUGGAAUAUUCUGUCAUUGUAUUUGAUACAGCUCCUACGGGCCAUACUCUGCGAUUGUUGCAAUUCCCAUCGACAUUAGAAAAGGGGCUUGCUAAAAUGAUGUCUUUGAAGAAUAAAUUUGGUGGCCUACUAAGUCAGAUGACUCGUAUGUUUGGUGUUGAUGAUGAAUUUGGCGAGGAUGCACUUUUGGGAAGGCUCGAGGGAAUGAAGUAUAUUAUUGAGCAAGUCAAUAAGCAGUUUAAGGAUCCGGAUUUAACGACAUUUGUCUGUGUUUGCAUUCCUGAAUUUCUUUCUCUCUAUGAAACUGAGAGGCUUGUGCAGGAGCUGACUAAAUUUGAGAUAGAUACUCACAACAUCAUUAUUAAUCAAGUGCUGUUUUAUGAAGAAGUUAAUGAAUCCAGACUGCUGAAAGCUAGAAUGAGGAUGCAACAAAAAUACAUUGAUCAAUUUUACAUGUUAUAUGAUGAUUUUCAUAUCACUAAGCUACCAUUGCUGCCAGAAGAGGUUUGUGGAGUGGAAGCACUAAAAUCAUUUUCACAACAUUUUUUGGCACCAUAUCAACCUUUAAAGGCAACAGUGGAAGAGGUGGAUAGCAGGGUAUCAUCUCUAAGGGAGCAGUUGAAAGAUGCUGAAGCAGAACUAGAAAGACUAAGAAAAGGAAAACAAAAGGUCUAAUUCUUAAUUAAAUUCAAUGAUGCCAUAAAAAGUUAGCCGCCCAUUCAAGCCUUCAGUUCCUCCUCUUCAAGAGGUUUCAGUUAUUCUUCCCUUGAUUUUUUCUUUUCUUUUCUUUUAUCCUACACAAUAGAUGGCUUGUCAAACUACAUGCUCUAAUUUGUAUGUGGAGUAUUUAUUUAGAGCUUUUUCUCCUUCACUGGGCCACUUUUUUUCUUUUUUUGUAAGACAAUUGUGAGUUCAUGUAUUUGUUGGCUUCAGCUUCCUAAUAAAGAUGAAAAUUUAAG